CGGACCCAGGGUUCGGCCCGCUGCUGUCCGCUGAUGCAUGAAGUGCCCAACGCAGCGAGCCGUCGAAGCCUGCCAGGAAUAGCUAUAGGUUGGCUCUUGCGUCCACAAAAACGAUCGACAAAACUGGCAUGAUCCUCCUUCCUCUGUCGUUCCCUCGGCACCCUCACGCGUUCCCCCUCUCUAUUCUUCUCGAAAUCCAACGCGAACACCACCAACACCACCAUCGCCCCUGCGAUUCCUAUCCCAAUCCCGCCGUCGCUCCGGCGGGGACGAUGAGCUACUACAAUCCCCACGGCCAUGGCGGCGCGCCCCCGUCUUCGCCGUGCCCCUCCCCGUCUCCGCCCCCGCCGCCGCCCCAAGGGUACCCAAUGGACCCGUACGCGGAGCGCGGGAUGGAGCACCACCACCACCACCAGUACGGGCCGCCUCCGCCGCAGCCGAUGUACGCGUCGCCGUACGGGCAGCCGCCGCCGCCGCCGAUGUACCAGCAGCCGUACGGACAGCCGGUGUACGCGUCGCCGUACGGACAGCCGCCGCCGCCACCGGCGAUGUACCCGCCGCCGUACGCGCAGCCGCCGCCGCCGCCACCACGGAAGACCGGCGCGUCGUUCGCGGAAGGAUGCUGUGCAGGGUUUGCCGCAAUCUGUUGCUGCUGCCUCAUGGACGCAUGCUUCUGAUCGUGUGGUCGACCACAAGCCCAAGAAACGACGUCUUCCUCCUGGCCUGGGUCAGGGUGCCCAUCAGCGAGGAGAUCAACCACCGCGUUGAGCAGCUGGUGGUAGCCUGGCGCCGUUUGCAUCUCUGCACCGGGAACGAAGCUGGAGUUGCACGUAAAGCUGACAAAAGAAGCAACCAUGAUCGACUAACGGCUGUUUUUCUACAUGAGGUGGUUUAUCGUUAGUAUAUUCUAUAAAUUUUGUGAAAUGAACCUAUUCCUCAUAUUAUUAUAUUAAUAAUUAUUAGUCUAUAAAGAAUAACAUAAUAAUGGAUCAACUUAUUAUAUUCUAUUACACAAACCAAACAAAAAAAAGAAAUGAGAAGAUAAUUGAUCACCUUAUUCCUCAAACCACACGUUGUAAUUGUGUUGAGAUCCUAGUCACGCAGCUGCUAGCCAUGAACAGAAGCGUUGUAAUUGUGCUGUAGAUUUUUCGUGUACAUAGUGAUAUAUUGAUCCGUGCAUAAAGGACUGCAGCAGUGAUGCCCAUGCAUGAUGUUUCUGUUGAGCAAUGUGUGUUCCAUUCUACUCCUAGCUACUAGUCCUAUCCGACUCCACUUUUUAGUGUACGUGAUCAUAUGUUUGCAGUCCAUUAUCCAACAUGCUCACUGAUGCGAUUAAUAUAUUUAUUCUUUAAGUGUUCAAUAAUUAUCUAAUAUGUUGUUACCUCAUUUAUUUAUUGAGUAAGAACCUACAUGAUAGAAUAUGGAUUUAUAGUCCUUCAGUUUAUAGAAUAACUAGUUAGAUACUCGUGUGUUGCGACGACACACAAAACAUUUAACAAAAUGUUAACACAUAAUGAUUACAAUACCAUUAUGAGGUCUAGUAAGAGCAUUACCAUGCUCAAAAUCUGCAAUGAGUUUCGACUCACAUGAGGGUCCGGAUGUAUUAGGGCUUGUCUGGGAUAAAGGGUAAUGAAGGGGCUAGAAUCCCUCACUAUUCAAAAUUGAGUAGCGAUGUAUUCUAGCCCCCUCAAUCCACUCUAUUAUCUUUGAUUCUAAACAAGCCCUUGUGGUUUUUGCCACAUCCAGCGCUAGGGUAGCUGUCCAGAACUGUAGAGAGAAAUCACGAUUAUCAUAAUGAGGGUGCAAAAAGUGCACUGCAAAGUUGAGCUCACCCCUUCAUUUUUCCAAUGUUUUCACAACACAAUCUAGAGGUACCUGGCGCCAUGGACUAAGUCCUUCCCUUGAAGUUUAAUUCUGCACUGGAAAAGGUCUUGACAUCACAUCAUUAAAUGUCACUUGAAUCAUGCAUUAUGAAUCCUUACAUUAAUUAGAAAAAGUGGGAAUUUAGCACCAACCCCAGUACGUUGGUCAACUCAGUUGGAGUGAGGGUGCAACUGAUCAGAGCUCCACUGCAUGCAGCAGAAGCGAUUACUUAGACAUAUGGCCUACCAACCUCAUAGUCUCUGUUUGGAAUAAGAAUGUAAAAUAAGGACACUUAUUGUGUCAUUUCCUUGAGUGAAGAAUCAAGAAAGCAGAAGCCAAAUGCCGGUGUUUAAGUGAUAGGAACAGAGAUGGAUACUCAAAGAAAAAGUAUUAUGAUAUGGUGAUGCAGGUAACAACUGACAUGCUAGUGAACAUGAUACAGUUAAUUGGUCCAUCUGCUAUAUUACCGUCGAAGCAAAGUACAGGUUCCAUGUGCCCCCAACUUUAAAGUAGAUGGCAUCAUGGAAACAUAUAGGUACCAUUUAAAAUUGUGUAAGCUGACAAGGAAGACGACACGAGGAGUAAGUUGUGAUUAGUCCGAAAAAUUAUAUGCAGUUAAUAUAUCCUUAUCUUCAAUAGGUAUUGCACGCAUCACCUAACAAAAUCACUAUUCUGUUGAGACAUAAGAACAAAAAAAUGAACAGAACAAUGGUUUGUAGGGAGUCAAUCAGCAUAAAAACGGAAAACGAGCAUAAGGUUGUUGUAUGUUUUUCCCAUGGAAAAGCUGUUAGCUCAGCAUCAAUUAUCUAAGAAAACCACCAACAUAGAGAAAAGAUGAAGAAAGCUACCAACAAAACAAAACAUAAAUAAGAGAUACAAGAUGUAGGAGUUUGUUAAUGAAGAGAUAAGGUUGAUGGAGAGCACACAUAUUGAAGUACAAUGGAAGCUUCUUCUCCAGCUCUAGUUUAAGAUUUGUUUCAGACUACAAAUAUUGUUGUAACACAUGGAAUAUGUUUGUCUUUUGCCAUGAAAAGGAACAUUUAUAUAAAUUAAUGAAAUGGCAUGUAUGUUCCAAACACAUGGUUCCUGGAUAUUUAAAUAUAGACAUGAGUAUAUUUAUAUUUUUAUUCUAUAGAGACGAAAUGGAACUACAUAAUUGGCUAAACAUAUUGAAUUGUAGGAUUACUUCUUAUGUCUUCUUUAUUCAAGUGCACUUUCUAAUUUGCCAUGAAGAACCCUUCCCUAAUAUGUGACCAAGAGGCUACUUCUUUUAUCAUGAGUGUUCCUACCUGCGAGACUAUAUGCAGAAACACCCACAGAUGUUCUAUCGAUCAUGUUAAGGUAUAGCUAUAAUAUCUAUUGUGUUCUAGUUAAAAGGAUAAUUGGAUUGGGUUUUUGAAGGAUUUUAGUUUCAGUUUGGAGUUGCAAAACGGAUUCAAUUACAAAUGUGUUUGUUCAAUUAUAUAGAAAAAUGUUUGUACCAGAAGUAAUAUACGAAAUUCUGUAAACCUACAGAUGCAAAAUGCGAGAGAUGAUCUGAAUAAAUUAUAAAAACGUUUUGAUUAACUGUAAUUAUCAUACUUCACACCAUGCAAAUUGUUUGAAACUAACUGUUUGAAGGAGAAGCGAGUGGUAUGUGUUGGAUCUUUUAUGGGCUUGGCCCAUUUAUUGAAUAAACUCUAUGGUGUGUAAUGAUGGAGAAUACCAAUAGCACCACAUUGGAAGUCCAAGGGUCUUUUGCCUUGACUUAUAUGGUGGGAUUUAUUCCACUUAACUUGAGAAGUCAAGAAAUGGACAAGGGUGUGCCACACGCGCGCGCGCGCCGCCGCCACCGCCGGCCGGGCCGAGCGUGGCGAGGCGAGGCGAGGCUGCCGAGUGACCCUGUCUCUUCGUCAGCCAGCCGAGUGACCCUUCUCCUUCAGCUGCCGACUCAUGGCGUGACUCGGCUAGAGCUGGCCGACUCUUGGCGUGACUCGGCGACCUUUCUCCUUUAGCUUCCCUCUGCGAGAGGUUAAAUAGAGGAGCACCCAUGUCACUCGGUACACGCGAGAACACUCUGCGCGCACAGAGAAGCGAGAGGGCAGGUGCCUCCGAAGCCGGUGUCGUUCGAGACCUUGCACGAGGGAUCGACAAUUAGGUUUUUGGGGAGCGUCUACGCGACUGCCCAAAACAUCUCCAACAUGACAAAAGAAGCUGGCCAAGGAUCUGGAUCAUCAGAGCGCAUCGGAGGGUAUGAUCGUUUUAUUUAUUUCCUGUUUUGUGUUCUGGAUAUUUUAUAUGUUUCAUAUAUUCAUCUAUGUUGUUUCAUAUUUAGGAAUGAUUUUAUCUCAUCUGUUCUGUCUUAUUGUAAUAUGAUAGAUCUGUCUGUUUUAAUUUUACAGCCAUGCUGUUUGUGUUUCUAUCUGUUUAUUUUCAAUCGUCCAGUCAGUUUACAUGUUUAUCGUAUUUAUAUGAUUUAUAUAAUUCAUAUGCUUUAUGUUCUCAUGAUCCAUAUUGUUAUGGAUAUAUUUGAUGUCAUGAUUAAUUAUCUUUUAUAUGUCAUCAUCAUAAUAUUAAUUUAUGGAAUUAAAAUGAUACGAAAAAUGCCUAUAAGUCUAACAAUCCAAAAACCUAAUGUUAGGCAUUUUUCUAUCAGAGGUUUUGCUGCUGUGCUAAAGCCUGAUCCUUUUGAUGGUAAAAACUUUUUGAUAUGGAAAGCUAAGAUGGAAUUGUGGCUAACUGCAAUGUCUUGUUUUCAUGCCGCUGAGGGCAAGCCUGCCAACUUACCUCCUGAGGAUGAGGCUAAGUUUAAGGCUGAAGACAACCUCUUUCGAGGUGCAGUGAUUAGCGCACUUGACAUAAAAUUCCAGAAAAGCUAUAUCAUCCUUUCCACGGGGAAAGAGCUGUGGGAUGCUCUUGUUGGAAAGUUUGGAGUUACUGACGCUGGUAGCGAGCUGUAUCUCAUGGAGCAGCUGUAUGACUACAAGAUGGUUGAGAACCGAUCUGUAGUGGAACAGGCUCAUGAGUUUCAGGCACUAGCUAAGGAACUCGAACUUUUUCCUUGUCCUUUGCCUGAUAAGUUUGUGGCUGGCGGUAUAAUCGCCAAGUUGCCACCUUCUUGGAAGGACUUUGCUACCUCUCUCAAACAUAAGAGACAAGAGUUCAAUGUGGAAGAGCUCAUUGAUACUCUUGAUGUUGAGGAAAGAGCUAGAACAAAAGACAAUGGAAAAGGUGUGGAGACCUCUACUGCUAAUGUGGUGCAGAAGAGAAACUUCCGCAAGUUUAACAAGAAGAAAAACCAGAAUAAACCAGAGAACGCGAAUAAACUUGUUCAAACAGCACAGUUUAAAAAGAAGAACAACAAUAACAAGGGAAAGGGAGGAUGCUUUGUCUGUGGCAGUGAUCAACAUUGGGCAAGAGAGUGUCCUGAUCGCAAGUUCACUCAAGACAAGAAAUCAGGUAAUGUUGUAACCACUGAAACUGAAGGAGGAACAUAUGGGUAUGGUAAUUCUUUACCAUUUGUUCUCUCAGUUUGUAAUUCACCUGAGUGGUGGAUGGACAGUGGUGCAAAUAUUCAUGUGUGUGCUGAUGCCUCUAUGUUCUCCUCCUAUCAGGUCGGGAGGUCUGGCGCCUUGUUGAUGGGAAAUGGGUCGCGUGCUCAUGUUCUUGGUGUUGGUACGGUCAUUCUGAAGUUUACUUCGGGAAAGACGGUGCCAUUGAAGAGCGUGCAGCAUGUGCCCUCUAUCAAGAAGAAUCUCGUUAGCGCUUCUAUGCUAUGUCGAGAUGGAUACAAAGUUGUUCUUGAGUCUAAUAAAUGUGUUGUGUCGAAACAUGGUACUUUUGUUGGUAAAGGAUAUGACUGCGGAGGCUUGUUCCGCUUAUCACUGCAUGAUGUGUGUAAUAAACUGGUGAAUUCUGUUCAUUUUUCUGAUGAGUCAGAUUUAUG